AUGCGACACUUUGGAGAAGUCUGCUGCCACAUAGGAGCUGCUCAGCGGGCUGCGGCAGCAGCACCAGCGGCACGCUGCCAAUCAGCAAGUACUGCUGCUGCUGCUGCUGCUGCUGCUGCUGCUGGUGCUGCUGUCCCCUGGUGCCGCUGGAGCUCACGUCGCUUGGCUUCUCUGUCUGCUGCUGCUGCAACCCCCGUGGCACCUGACCCUCCUAGGACCCGACUCCCCAGGGACUUCAUCAUUAACGCAGUGCAGUCUGCUGCAGCUGAGCAGAAGCAGCAGCAGCAGCAGCAGCAGCAGGGCCAGCAGAAGCAGCAGAAGCAGCAGGAGCAUCGGCAGCAGCAGCAGCAUCUCGAUCCUUCAGAGUCUGCUGCUGCGCUGUGUGCAGCACAGAUCGCCUUGUCUCUUUGUCUGGAGCUCUCCAUAAUAUUUGCCGCUGAUCUGCAGCGCAUGCUGCAGCAGCCGCAGCAGCAGCAGCAGCAGCUCGCAAGCAGCAGCAGCAGCAGCAGCAGCAGCAGCGACGCUGCUUCAAGUGGGCCCCACAAAGGCCAAAGACGCAAAGCUUUGGGGGCCUUGAUGGGCCCUGAUGAGAUGCCUCGUGCUGCGCUGCACUGCGCAGUCCUGUUCCACCCCUUCACCAGCAGCAGCAGCAAGGGCAGCAGCAGCAGCAGCAGCAGCAGCAGCGGCAGCACCGGCUUCGCAGUUUCGGAUCCUUUGAAGGGAGCUUGCCAGGCAGCCCUGCUGCUGCAGUCUCUGUGGGCUCACCUGCUGCUGCGCAUGCAGCCCCAGUUCAACGCCAAGUAA